GACCAAUAUACAUUAAUCUAUCACGCUCGACAGUAUUGAUAUUACAUUCUUUUCUUUUGGAAUGUAUCGCAUGACAACAUCCUUUUGAAUCGAUAGUACUGAACCAUUUUACCAACUAUGUUAUGGAGGACGGUGAAUACGAGCGCUUUCUGGAAAGCCUUUCAAAGCCGGAUGAAGAUGACUUUUCCAAUGAGUUAUCCAUUUAUUCGAUUGCCAAUAAUCGUCCAAUACAGCCUCCAUUUCAGAGUCCUUUGAAGGAAUGUUUUUCUUUAGACCCUCGCGAGAAUUGGGACGGCGAGGAAGCGAACGAAUGCGAACCUCUGAUAGCCUCUGAUCCGAUUUCAAAAACAAUAUCUGCCGCGUCGAAUUUCUUAGAUCCUGAACCCGAUCUAACUCUACCUGCCUAUGUCUCAGUAUCAGAAAGACUCUCUUUUGCCGCACAGAAUUUCCUGGAUUCCGACGAGCCUGACGAAACUCUGAUGGCUUCUUUCUCGACUUCGAUGAAACUUCCUUCUUUGGCUGCAUGUAUCCCUUGUGAUAAGGGUGGGAAGAAUUGUGACAAACACGCACCGUGUUCCAAUUGUAUUUAUUUGAAUAUGUCCGGUAAAAAAGUGGACUGCAUUUAUCCACUGAUCAAUAGUAUGUAGAAAAACAGAGGCGUGCCGGAUCUAUCAACAAGCAAAGAGGCGGACGUCACUGGGUUAGAUAAAGCUGUUGCAUCGAAGGCAGUCGCCACCAAAACCAAGAUGGAUCCCAGAGAGAAAUCAGAAGGGUUGCAUGGGAAGCAAUUGAAGAAGUGAUUACUGGGAGUUAGAUAAAGUCUCGCAACGGAUUCUCUUCUUGUCGAGUUGUCACGUGGAGUUUUGCCAGCGAAAUAAUGGUAGUAUAAAUUGGGUAUUGUUUUAUUGUAUUCACAAUAGCGAUUCAUGAAAUGUCUCUUCUUAUCCAUCAAGUUUCA